GACGUAUGUCUGUGUUGUGUAUAAAAGGACGUAACAGCUCGGCAGCAAACGCCACAUCUGCUCCGACCUUUACAAACGUUAUAUCCAAUCAAGAUGAGUCGUCGAAGUUUGGUGUUUUUCGGUUUGCUGUUUGUGCUGGUGGUUGUCGCACUGGUAGCAGAGGCUGAUGAACGUCAGAAACGCUCUCCCAUUUUGGGUCUCCUGCUAGCUAAAAAGCUUUUACACGGCGGAGGUCAUCACCACCAUCAUUACGGCGGUCAUGGCCAUCACGGAGGCUACGGCCGAUAUGGUGGACACGGAUACGGCGGACAUUACGGAGGAGGUCACCAUUAUUACGGAUAAGCGGAUGAGCAGUCUCGACUGCAAAUUAUUCACGGACACUAAGGCAUGGAAAACUCCUGG